AUGAACACCAAUAGUAAUACUAUGGUAAUGAAUGACGCAAAUCAAGCACAAAUAACGGCCACAUUUACGAAGAAGAUAUUAGCGCAUUUGGAUGAUCCGGACUCCAACAAAUUGGCCCAAUUCGUACAGCUUUUUAAUCCAAACAACUGCAGAAUAAUAUUUAAUGCUACCCCCUUCGCGCAAGCAACAGUUUUUCUGCAAAUGUGGCAAAACCAGGUCGUACAAACACAACAUGCCCUAACAGGAGUAGACUAUCACGCUAUUCCGGGAUCCGGCACGUUGAUAUGCAACGUCAAUUGCAAAGUCAGAUUCGACGAAAGCGGCAGAGACAAGAUGGGGCAAGACGCGACUGUUCCCAUUCAACCAAAUAACACUGGGAACAGAAAUCGACCCAACGAUAUGAACAAGCCAAGACCUCUAUGGGGUCCAUAUUUUGGCAUUUCCCUGCAGCUGAUCAUCGACGACCGCAUAUUUAGAAAUGAUUUUAAUGGUGUAAUAUCGGGGUUUAACUAUAACAUGGUUUACAAACCCGAGGAUUCUCUGCUAAAAAUUUAG